AUCUUGAAUUAUAUUUCUUGGUCGGUGUGAACACGUCUUGAUUUGAUUUUCCAUGUUUAGAAGUGAGAUUGUUUCUUGAUUUGAUUGAAUUUGGCCCAAUUUUGUGAUUCUACAUUUGGGAGCUGAAUUUUCUUUUAUCUCACUCUAUCUCCAUUAAAUUCUCCCACAUGUAAACUGCGGCAUUGUCUACUGAUUUUCGUGUUGUUGGGCCACACCUCUCUCUAAAUUUAAAACAAAUGGAUAAAAAUGGUAUCUUUAUUCAAUAAUUAAUUGCAAAGGGGGGGCAAAGGCCCUUCCAUUUCUGCCCCCCUAUGAAAGAUCGUGGCUUGUCAUGUUAAAUCUCUUAUUUAAUUGAUGAAAUAAUAAAAAAUGGUAAUCAUGUUUUAAUAAAGGAGUUAGUCAAGGCUAUGGUAUGAAGAUUGUGUGGAUGUAUAGCUGUUUUCUGGGAGAUUACAGUUGUGCUAAUGUUCAAAGCUCCUAUUUGGCUUAGUCUUCGUCUUCGCCCUCGCCCUUGUUUUUAGGCUCACUAGUUGCUGCAUUGUAGAUUCAAGAUUUGCUGCGAUGGCUCUGAUUCCUCUUGCAGUGUUGUUUAGGUGGUUGCGUCGUUUUUUGCUGGGAAAUCGGUGUUUGUGAUGAUAUCUUUGUUGUGAAUUCAAGAAAUGUAUGGUGUUAUGAGAUGAGUGGAGUCUGCUGUGUUGUAAACUCUUCCAUUCAUUGUUAAUGUGUGUGUUCAUGUUGAUGCUUUAGACAUUCGAGAUCCAUUUCGUGUGGUUUUGGGGGAUGGUAGACUGUUGACCAAGAUUUGGUGCGAUGGCUGUGAUUGCUCUUGCAGCGUUGUUUAGCUGAUUGGGUUUGUGUGCUGCCCUGGUGUUUGGAUUGGAUAUUAAGCUCGGAUCAUGGCUUCAUCACUCGUGAAGUUAAACAAAAUGAAGAGGUUGGAGUCGAAGAAGUCUCACUCGUGGUGGUGGGAUAGCCACGUCAGUCCUAGGAACUCGAAGUGGCUUCAAGAAAAUCUCGAAGAGAUGGAUGUAAAUGUGAAGCGGAUGUUGAAACUGAUAGAAGAGGAUGCCGAUUCCUUUGCGAAGAAGGCUGAAUUGUAUUUCAAGAAGCGGCCUGAGCUGGUCAGUCUCGUUGAGGAGUUUUAUCGAAUGUACCGUGCGUUGGCUGAGCGGUAUGAUCAUGUGACGGGCGAGCUCAAGAAGAACAUUCCCUCUGAUCUUCGUUCUCAGGGCUCCGGGGUCUCUGAUGUCGGUUCUGAGCCACCUUCCACCGGGCCCUCACCUGACACAAAGCCCGCUCGCACCAAAUCCGGACCUCGUGCUGCUGGAUUCGAGUUUUUUCUCGGGAGCAACGGAAGUGGCUCGGACUUGAAUAGCAAGGAAGGUGACGAGUCUUCGACGCUGGAUUCUGAAUCGGAGUCGGAUGAUUCCUCCGUUAAUAACUACUCCAGCACGCAGAGCAACAGCGAGGAGGUGGGGUCGCGGAGGAGGGUUGUCGAGCUUGAAGCUGAGCUUCACGAGGUGAGAGAGAAGCUUCGUGUGCAGACGGAAGAGAUCUCCAAUGGUAAGCAAUGCAGCCAUGAGUGUUCCGAGAUCAAUCUAGCGAAAUUAUCAGCGUACGAAGAUGAGUUGAGAAUUGCAAAAGAGAAUAUGGAAGCGUCGAAAGAAGAAAUAACGCGCCUCAAGAUCGAGCUUCAAAAGUACGAAUCUCUUGGAGAUUUGAACGACGUCCUUUCUAGUGGAGUCUUGGUACGGAGAGAGACGGAAACGCUAGAAUCGAGCAUAGUGUUGGAGCAAGGUCAGGAGACUGAGCUUCAAGAAAACAACAUUGGCUCGGAAGGCGAAGUUGGGCUGGAGCAUAAAAUUCGGAGACUCGAGCAGGAGCUUAGAAGUGCGGAGAAGAAGCUCCGUGAGUCGGAAGAAGAAGUAGCGAGCCUAAGGCGGGAGCUCACGAGCAAGGGCUCGUCCGUGCAGAAUCUCCAGGAUCAGCUGAAAUCGGCACAGAAGGAGGUUGCAGUCUGGAAAAACAAAGUCGAGCGAGAGAAACGCGACGCUGCAAGGCUACAGGACCGCAUAGUGAGGUACAAGACGAAUCUCUCGGAACGCGAUCAGGAAAUCCGGGGGCUGAAGGAGUCGAUAGGGAACGCGAACAAGGCCCUAGCCGAAGAAAACGAGCUCCUUCAAGCGGAGAUGACGAGGAUGACGAAAGAACGGGCAUAUUUGGAGGAUAGCCUCAAGGAAAUCGAUCUACGAUGCCAAUCAUUGGAAGAUGACGUGAGGCGAUUGAAGUCCGCCAAAGACGAGGCAGAGGCCGUGCUCGGAGCUCAGAUCGAGCUGCUGAAGGCCGACAUUGCCGAGAGAGACAACUGCGUCGAAGAGCUCAAUGGAAACCUCGACGUGUGGAAGGUGAAGCACGACAUGCUGGCGGCGGCCAGGGACGAGCUGAACGCCAAGGUCGCCGCGCUCGGUGCAGAGAUCAGCUCGAGAGACGAGCAUCUGCACGAGCUGCAUCUGCAGCACGUCAAGCUCAUUGUUAGCGUGGAGGAGGCCCGUAAGUCCGCGGAGGAUCUGCGCUCGAGAGUCGUGGAGCUCGAGAUGGACGUGGAGAGGAAGCAAGAGGCGAUUCUCGAAGGAGCGGAGGAGAAACGGGAGGCGAUAAGGCAACUCUGCUUCUCGAUCGAGCACUAUCGCAGCGGAUAUCACCAGCUGCUCCGAGAGGCUGUCACUGGACAACACCGGUUGGCCGUGACAGCGCGAUGAGGCGUACGUCGUUCUUGCUAUGAUGUUUGAGAGUUUUGCUGCUUUUCGAUCAGACGAUUUCCACACCUCUUUGUAAUGUUAUUGAUAUUUUUUUUUUUGGUUUUUGAGAGAAUAAACGAUUUGUUUUAGAUUCAAGAAAGUUCAAAUCUAAAAUCAUCCCUGCAUUGUAUAGCUUCUUUUUCGCUUUUGGUUCGCAGGGUUUUUUUUUUAUUUGGAUCAUUUAAACAUGAUGUGACAGCAUUUGGAAUGAAUAAUAGAUAUAUUUAGAAUU